GAAGCCACUAGAUGUCAGCUUUGUCAUCCUUUAAAGACCUCUGUUGAUUGACGUGUGGACAAGAGAAUUGUUAUUUCUUUCACAUGGUAUGGAAUGUAAAUUGUUGCUAUCUAUUUUUAUUUUAGUUUGCUCAUCUAGAUUUGUUGUUUAUUUAUUUGUUUUUUGCACAUGUUGCAAAAGUCAGUGUAAUGUAGAUUUUUGUUAUUAUGUCUGUUAUUUCUGUAUUUCAUUUUGUUCCACACUUUUCAAUACGUUGCAAGACAUUUUGCCAUCAAAGAGGUUCCACAGGCUUUAAAAACUAGAGCAACUUCAUGACCCUGAGGGGUCAUUUAGUUUCCUCCUCAACACGCUACCUCUGUAUUUGCCCAACAGUGGAGAAAUGUGGCGUGUCACCACAGCAACAAUAAAAGCCAGGCAGAUGUAACUAUUCGUGCACGUUUUUCCAGGAUUUGGUUUCUUGUUGAGUCUGAAUACAAAUGAUUGGAAUGUGGCCAAAAUUCAAAAGACAGCGAAACGAAAAGGAUGACAUCAAAUGCAGAGCAACUCCCUCCUCACUAAUGAUCAAUGUGCUAACAGAGAAAUAGGGAAAUAGAACCAAAGUACGUGCACAAAGAAAGUUAGACUUCAUGUCCGUGUUCAACUUUCAAAUGAGCAGUGAUUUGCAAGCUGCAGCUUUCACAUGCAAAUCCUGGAGAGAACACCAGAGUGGCCCUUCUGGUCUCCAGUCCGGUGCACAAAAUGAGGACCACAGCUGCUGCCGUGUGAAUGAAUGGAUGCGUUUGAUGUAAUUCAAUUCUUCUGGAUUAAAUUCUGAGAGACUCUCCGAUGAAUGAUCAGCAGGUUUCUGUCCUCACCCCACUCUGACACAUUUUUCCCUUCGUGGUAUCGGUCGCCUCGGAGAUGUUUCCUCUUCCUAGGGAGGGGAUCUUGGCAGCGGCAGGCAGGCCUAUAAGUCAGAGUUGACAUCAGGGGUGAAAUGUAAAACAGGAGGCGGGUAGCAUGUGAAGUGGAGAGCCCACCAACAUAACUCGCUCUUCGCGUCACAGAAAAGCAGCAACUGCAUGGCUCAUCCCGUCGUCCCUAUUGCACUGCUGGUGCUCGGACUGGUGGCCGUCCUGCUCCUCACGGUGCCCACUAAGGACCUGCAGCAGGCCCCGGGGUUCAUGUACGGGAUUGUCCUGGAUGCAGGGUCGUCACAUACAUCUCUGUACGUAUACAAGUGGCCCGCUGACAAGCACAACGGCACCGGCGUCGUCACGCAGCACAGUGAAUGUCAUGUGGCUGGGGGAGGAAUCUCCAGCUAUGCCGGCCAACCAGGAGGAGCUGGAAAGAGUCUGGAGAUGUGCUUAGACCAGGCAUUGCAGGACGUUCCCACUGAGAGGCACCAGGUGACUCCUGUGUACCUUGGAGCAACAGCUGGAAUGAGACUUUUGCAAAUCUCAAGUCCGCUGGAGACGGCUCGCAUCAUAAGUGAAGUGGGUCACAAAAUCCAGUCCUACCCUUUCAGCUACCAGGGGGCGGCCAUUUUGAGUGGUCAAGAGGAAGGAGCGUACGGAUGGGUCACUGUCAACUACCUUUUAGAGAACUUUAUUAAGUAUGGACUGGUGGGACGCUGGCUUAGCCCGAACAGACCCACAGUGGGUGCUCUGGAUUUGGGAGGAGCCUCCACCCAAAUAACAUUUGAGACGCAGGAGAAGGUGGAAGAUGAGUCCGACCACAUGAAGCUACGUCUGUACGGUCAGGAAUACAUUCUCUACACGCACAGCUUCCUCUGCUACGGCCAGGAUCAGCUUCUCAAGAGGCUGCUGGCCCACGUUGUGAAGUCUCAGGGUUAUUCUGCGACAGUGUCUCACCCGUGCUACCCGUAUGGACACAAAAGAUCUAUCAAGUUUGACGAUAUUUUCAACUCUCCCUGCACAAGAAAAUACAAACCCAGCGACUACAAUAGCCACUUCUCAGUUCUACUGCAAGGCGAAGGAAAUUAUGACCGCUGUAUGGGCAACGUGACCGAGCUCUUCUCCUUUGACAACUGUCCGUUCUCCAAGUGCUCCUUUGAUGAAGUCUUCCAGCCUAAAGUCAGUGGUCACUUCAUGGCAUUUGCUGCAUUCUUCUACACUCACUCCUUCCUCCAUCAUGUGAUUAAUAUGGACGUGAGAACACCUUUGGAAAUGCAAAAGGCAGCAGAACUUGUUUGCAGUAUGACAUUUCAUCAGAUGCUGCAACUGGCUCCAGAGCAGCAGUUUCGUCUGCAAGACUACUGUGCAUCCUCUGUGUUCAUCCAGAUCCUCAUGCUGCGAGGUUAUGGCUUUGACGACACAUCAUUCUCACGGAUUGCCUUCCAAAAGAAGGCUGGAGAUGCAUCUCUGGGGUGGGCCCUUGGCUACAUGCUGACUCUGAGUAACUUGCUGCCGGCAGAGCAGGUGGAGCUCAGGAAGGCCUUCAGCCCAGGAGUGUGGGGAACACUUGUGCUUUUUGUCGUCGCUUACCUGGUCGCAACAUUGGCUUUCAUUGUUCAUCUUAUGUACAAAAUGAGGAAGACAGAAAGCAGCGAAGGCACUUUGUAGACCCAGACACAACAACAGAACAGCCCAGAUUUGCACUUCACAGAAAUACAUGGUUGACCGUCUUUUCUAUGUCUGGAUUAAAGCGCUAGAUGUCUCAAAUGUAAUGUAAUGUGAAAGACAUCGCUACCACGGAUGGUGAAGGUCAAAGUGUGCCAUUAUGACAAGCACAAUGAUUUCUUUCCCGGAGAUGAAGUGAGAAGACUUUUUUUCAGAAACCAUUUCAGGUAGAUCUGGUAAUUCGAGUCAUAUUUUUAUCCUCACGGCUGCCAUUCCUUGUGGCAUUUGUGGCCUGACUUUCAUGUUUGUAGAAUGUGAUAUAAAGCCUUUAAAAUACUUUCAACUUUCGACUGACUGAAAGUGGAAGCUUGAGUUUGUCUUUCCUGGUGAGCAACUUGUAAUAUUUGAUGACUCAAGAACGUAAUGUUUUUUUGUUUUUUCUUUUAAUGUCAUUGAUGACAAUAAAGAUUUCAAUGUCAGUUUAUAUCAGAUGAAAGUUAGAGUGAAAUAGCUCAGACCUACUUUAAACCAUAAGAAAACAGUAGUUUAAAAAAAACAUUUUUAACAUAAAUUA